AUUUUAACGUAGGCAGGGAACUUCCAAAACGCUUUAUUUACUCCAAAUUAACUGCCGGAUUUUUCGAAAACUGUGAGGUGAAUCUCAAAGCAGCCUUUACUCUUUGCAAGAUCUGGUAGACUUUAAUCACCGGCCACCAUGUCGGUCUACAGCGACGAUAACAUCCUCAGUGCGGAGGGCAGUUUCUGGGAGAUGGGUCAGUACAAGCGGACGGUCAAGCGGGUGGACGACGGUCACCGGCUCUGCAACGACCUGAUGGCCCUGAUUCAGGAGAGGAGCGAGAUCGAGCGCAAGUAUUCCAAGUCACUCCGGCACUGGUCCAAGCGCUGGAACGAACUCAUCGACAAAGGUCCUGAGUACGGCACCGUCAAAUCAGCCUGGAAGUCCACCCUGACGGAAGCAGACAGCAAGAGCGAGAGUCACCUGGACAUAGCCAAGAAGCUGAUGCAGGAGGUACAGGGAGCCGUCAAGACCUGGCAGAAGGAGAACUAUCACAAGAAGAUGAUGAACGGAUUCAAGGAGACCACAGAGGCUGGAGAGGGAUUCGCCAAGGCUCAGAAACCGUGGGGUAAGUCUCUGAAGAAUGUCAACGCCAAGAAAGCAGCCUACCACGCGGCCUGCAAGGCAGAGAAACAGGCCCUCAGUCAGGAAAUGACCGCCAGUCAGGAUUCGUCACUCUCACCGGACCAGAUCAAGAAGACGCAAGACAAAGUGGAGCGAACCAAGCAAGAGAAGCAGAAGUUGGAGGAGAGGUAUCGGACGUCGCUGGACGACUUGAAGGCCCUCAACCCACGCUACAUGGAGGAUAUGGGCAUCCAGUUUGACAAGACACAGGUAUUUGAAAAGAGGAGGAUUGAAUUCUUCAAGCAGACGUUGAAGGACAUGCACAAGGUCCUGGAUCUCUCCAGCAGUCCCAGUUUUGCUCAGAUUUACACGGAUUUCAAAUCGACGAUAGAAAACGCAGACCCAGACAAAGACCUGAAGUGGUGGAAAACCAACCACGGGACCGGCAUGGCCAUGAACUGGCCGGACUUUGAGGACUACAAGGAAGAGCUCCACGCCAUCGGCAGCAAACGAGCGACGAUGAAGAACUCAGUCAGUGGAGGCGGGGACGGCAGUAUCACCGUCAAGACUGUCAGAUCCAUCAAUGACGACUACAACAACACGGAGUACAACGAUCCCCUGGCUUACGGCGACAGUAACUAUCCCGGGUACACACAGUAUGAUGAUAACGAUGGGCAAAUGUCGCAAGAAUCGCAUGAUGAGGAGGUGAAGGUGAGGGCGCUCUACAAAUACGAGGGUCUAGAGGACGAUGAAUUGUCCUUCGAAGUGGGUGACAUAUUAACAAAGCUGGAGGAUGAGGACGAGCAAGGCUGGUGUAGGGGGCGGUACAACGGCCGGGAGGGGCUGUACCCGAGCAACUACGCUGAACCUGUCUAAAGACCACACCCCACACGUCUACUUAUCCACUCCUGUCAUCAACUCUUCCACUGAUUUCCUUCGAGUGGAUCCCGGUUCUGUGAAGUGUGGAUCCACUAAUAUGAAAUUUUGCAAAAGAAAAAGACUCCAUUGGCAACUUUCUUCAGAGGUUAUCACACUAGCGGUUUAUACAUCUAUUGUCGUGUGAUCCCUUUUUAGUGGAUCAACUGAAUAUAUCUGGAUCAACGAAUAUAUUAGUGGAUCAACUAAUAUAUUAGUGGAUCAACUGAAUAAUAUCAGUGGAUCAAUAGAAAAUGGAUCACUCAACUUGUACAGUCCAUCCAGUUUUGUGAUCAACUCAUCCACUAAUACAAAUCCACACAGUUGGUCCUCUUAAAUUGGUUUGUAAAUAUCAAAAAUAUCAACGACAUCAGCUCGUUCAGUGGAUCAACCCAUCUACCGUUUGCGUCAACUAAAACAAGUGGAUUCACUAACUGGGCCAGUAAUAAAUUAAAUCAGCUAUCUUUAAUCAGCAGUUAGCCCUUGCUACCUUUUUAAGUUUAUUUACAUAAUGGAAUCUUUGAAAUUAUCUUUAUUCAGUUUUUUUCUAUUAUCUAUAAAGUAUACAGAAUGAUUGCGAGGUCACAAAAAGUUAACUUUUCUGUCAGCAAAUCAAGACUGCAAGUCCACUUCAUGUGGAUCCACUAACACUCUUCAUAUUGUUCCACAUGCCGUUGAUCCACUCUGAUUUUGCUGAUUCACAUGUCACCGAUAAGCUGUAUUAGGUUUGUGCAGACGUAUCUUCAUCAGCAUAUCAGCGCUUUGCAGUCGCUUCAACAACAAUCAGUGGAUCCGCUCGCAUUGUAGGUUGAUUGUUGCAUUACAAAUUUCAACUCUAGUUGAUCAACCAAUUCCGGUUUUGUUAUGUUUCCCCUCAUAUUUUCACAGCUCUUCCCUCUUCGUGUUUUCAAUGUAAUCUGUACAAACUAAAAACAAAUCUUUACAUCAAACUAAAAAAAAAAAAACUCAUGCAAACGAUACUAGACCAUUCCUUUGUUUUCUUUUAAAAACAUAUUUAAAAAAAUGUUCAUUGCCAAAUAAACCUUUAAGUGUAAAUUUUUCGGGUUUUUUUUGCAAAGUAAAAAAAAGGCGUAUUUUCUGUUUUGGAGGUCAUUGGCAGAUGAGAUAUUUUUGUACCUAGGUGAAAGACAGUUUGUAAAAAAAAAAAGAGUUAAGACGAUAUGGUUUUUGAAAAGAUUGGAAAAGAGGUUGGAGGUACAUGCAUUUAAUACGAAGUGGCCCACUUUCCUGGAGCUGCUUAACAGAGAAUAUAGCUUAGCGAGUUUGCUGUGAUAAGCAAGUUAGGCCAAAUGAAAAAAUAAACCAGUUUCUCGUUCCCUCUCGCUUCUUUUUUUCCCGGCUACUGUUUUUUUUUAAAUUUUUUUUAUUCAUACAUUUGCGCUAUUUUUUGCACGUUUAUUGUUCGUAUAUUGUCUUAUUUGUUUCCAAGAACAUUGUAGCUAUGAAGGAUGAUGGCCUUUGGACACAAUUUUGUAUCAGAAAAAGAGUCGAGAAAAGUGAAGAAUCUGUCCGCCAUCUUGGAAAAUCCGCCAUCUUGUGAAAAAAAGAAGAAGAAAAAAAGCAAGAAUACAAAAAGCGCCCGUCUCCUACAUAUCUUCAAAAAAGCCAGACGAGAAACUACUUAUUUUUUUUACUUGGCUUUAGUUGCCAUAAGCCACAAGCAACAUCAAUGCACAUCACAUGACUUUUCUGCUGCUUUCCCAUUUUUGCGAUGGAACAAUAUUUUUUUUCUUCUAAAUUUAGACAAUUUUGUGCUAUUUAGCCUUCCACAAAAUUGGCCCGGUGUGUGAAAAAUCGCAAAGGUUUUUUAACCGAUUUUGGCGGGGAGCUGUUAAGCACGUUAACUUGCUUAGCUGAAACAGGUAAAGCCAAAUAAGAAAAAAGAAUAAUUUCUCCUCCAAUUUUUUUUGGAAAAAAGGAGGACGCAGGCACUUAUUUAACAUUUUUUUGGGGGAUAAUGACGGAUCCAAAAUGAUGCAGGUUCUUUUUUCAAAAACAUCCAGCACUUUUCCAAGAGGCUGGAUGCUGUUUUCUACAAAAUGCACAUCACUUUUCUAAGAUAGGCUUUUGAUUUAUCUCAAAAUGGAACUCAUUCAUUGUUGGAAACAAGUAUUAAGACAUAAGAUAUUUCUGAUGGUGAAAAUGUAAAAACAAAGAUGGCGGAUUUCGCUACUUAAAAAAAUGAUUAUUUAAAAAAAAAAAAUUGAUACGGCUGGAAAAAAAGGAUGCGGGCGGGGACAAGUAACUGGUAUACUUUUGUAGUUGGCCUAACUUGCAAAAAACAUAUGAUAUUGCGUAGAAGUGGUUCCUGGCAAAAUUUGUGUCCACCGUGUACAAUUUUGCGGAGCACUACUUUCCUUCCGAGCAGCUCUACGAAAUCGGACCAAGAUGGAGACGGCAUGCUGGGCUCCAAGGGUCUCUUUCUUGAAACUGCCCAGCAGAAGCAAAAGACAGCACUGAGAACCAGUUGAAGCGCUGCUACUCUGCAUGGCAUUUUGACUGGUAUCCUGCGUUACCUUUUGCUGAGCAAGAAGUCAUUUUGCGCUUCGCAAAUUGUUCGUCAGCUGAGCAGAUUGGAAACUGGCCCUUAGUGGAGCGACAAAUGUUUUU